AGCGAGUGCCGUGUUGGUGUUCGCUGCGAUCAUAGUGAUCCGCAGCAGAGAACAGCAGCAGCAGCAGCAGUGCGGCGGAGCAGCAAAGAGGUCGGCGCGUAGCAUCGAACGGUCGUAGUUUGUUAAAGAGGUGGUGAAAGUGCUAAAAGUCGAGAUGAGGUCGCGCGACGCAGUUACUAGAUGCCGAUUGCUGCCGGCACUGCUGCUGCUGGUGUUGAUCGCUUGCAGCGCACAGGCCGAGAGGCAGAAGCGCUCUGCAUCGCCAAUCUAUGGCAACGAAUUUGCGGUGCACGUGCCAAGUGGUGUGGAGGCUGCGGAUGCAAUUGCAGUCAAACAUGGAUUCGUCAACAUGGGACAGAUAGGAUCAUUGAAGGGCUACUAUUUAUUCCAACACAAUCAUGUGAGGAAAAGGUCUUUGUCCAUGAGUACAGAACAUCAUGAAACUCUCAAUAGUGAACCAGAGGUUUAUUGGGUGCAGCAACAACACGAGAAGGUUCGACGAAAGCGCGAUUAUGGUACGAUUUAUAACGGGCAGUUCUCUCCACUGGAUACCGCAAGCGAACUAGACGCGUUGCUGCUGGGCGGCGUAGCACCAUCGGCCUCCAGACUUCAUACGGCGCGCUACAGGGCGCUCGGGGUCGGCACGCAGAGCAUUUUCCCGGACCCGCUUUUCAAAGAAGAAUGGUACCUGAACGGCGGCGCUAAGGAUGGCCUUGACAUGAAUGUAUCGCCCGCGUGGCAAAAAGGAUACACUGGAAAAGGAGUCGUUGUCUCAAUUCUCGACGACGGAAUUCAGACCAAUCAUCCUGAUCUUGCUCUUAACUAUGAUCCAGCCGCCUCGACUGAUAUCAACGACAACGACGACGACCCAAUGCCCCAGGACAAUGGUGACAAUAAGCACGGCACCAGAUGCGCCGGAGAAGUAGCUGCGGUAGCUUAUAAUAAUUAUUGCGGAAUCGGAGUGGCCUACAACGCCAGCAUUGGAGGUGUUCGUAUGUUGGACGGUGUGGUCAACGACGCCGUUGAAGCUCGCGCCUUAGGUCUCAACCCCGACCACAUCGACGUCUACAGCGCCUCUUGGGGCCCAGAAGAUGACGGUAAAACUGUUGAUGGACCAGGACCUCUGGCCAGGAGAGCUUUUAUCUAUGGAGUAACGAGCGGGCGUAAAGGCAAAGGAUCAAUUUUUGUUUGGGCAUCCGGAAAUGGUGGCAGGCACACAGACAGCUGUAAUUGCGAUGGAUAUACUAACAGUAUUUUUACGUUGUCGAUAUCUAGUGCAACUCAAGGAGGAUAUAAACCAUGGUACCUGGAAGAAUGUUCUUCCACUUUAGCUUCAACAUAUAGUUCUGGUACACCAGGCCAUGAUAAAAGCGUUGCAACAGUCGAUAUGGACGCUCGUUUGAGACCAGAUCACAUCUGCACGGUCGAACAUACCGGAACAUCUGCUUCUGCACCUUUGGCAGCAGGUAUUUGUGCGCUAGCGUUGGAAGCAAAUCCAGCACUGACAUGGCGUGAUAUGCAAUAUCUAGUAGUGCUGACUUCCAGAUCUGCUCCCUUGGAGAAGGAAGCAGGAUGGAUUUUAAACGGCGUCAAGAGGAAAGUCAGUCACAAAUUCGGAUAUGGUUUGAUGGACGCGGGAGCAAUGGUCAGUUUGGCCGAACAAUGGACUACAGUACCCCCUCAGCAUAUCUGCAAGAGCCAAGAAAUUGCGGAAGAGCGCCUAAUCGAACCAACUUACGGAAAUACACUUGUCGCACACAUGGAUGUGACAGGUUGCAGUGGAACUCUUAAUGAAGUUCGGUUUCUUGAGCAUGUGCAGUGCAAAAUUACUUUGAGAUUUUUCCCGCGAGGCAAUCUGAAAAUUUUACUGACUUCUCCAAUGGGUACAACAUCAACGCUACUUUUUGAAAGGCCACGGGAUGUCGUCAGCUCUAACUUUGACGAUUGGCCAUUCUUGAGCGUCCACUUUUGGGGAGAGAAGGCCGACGGACGGUGGACUCUACAGGUAAUAAAUGCAGGCAAUAGACGGGUCAAUCAAGCUGGUAUAUUGAAGAAAUGGCAGCUAAUAUUCUAUGGCACAAAUACAAAUCCAAUUCGUCUUCGAUCACCAAAUCCUAGCUUCCAAUUUCCUGGCCAAGACGCGCUUCGGAGAGUUGUUCCCCAACCACCACAAUACUUCACCGAUUUUAACACUGGUACCUACAGAAACUAUCCAGACUUAUUUGGCGCAGGAAGUGAUCCAGAAGUAGCAAUAGUUUCACCAGAUGAUGGAAUGUUAGCGCAAGCGUCAGCGACUAAUGUCGUUGUUAAUAACAAAACUGAAACAUUCCAUAAUAAUUGUGAUGAGCAAUGCGAUGAACAGAAAGGUUGCUACGGCCCAGGACCAGGACAAUGUAUUGCUUGCAAACACUACAAAUUAGACCAAACUUGCGUGUCAAAGUGCCCACCUCGUAGUUUUCCCAAUCAACAAGGAAUUUGCUGGCCAUGUCACGCUUCAUGUGAAACUUGUGCAGGAGCAGGAAUGGACAGUUGUUUAACAUGUGCUCCUGCUCAUUUACGAGUACUUGAUCUUGCCGUUUGCUUGCAACAAUGUCCUGAGGGAUACUUCGAAAAUACAGAACAAGGCACAUGCGUACCAUGUGGACCUACUUGUGGAUCUUGCCAAGAUCGACCAGACAACUGUACCAGCUGUGAUCAUCAUUUAGUUAUGUACGAGAAUAAGUGCUACGCCGCAUGUCCUCAAGACACAUAUGAAACUGAAGACUACAAUUGCGCCCAAUGUCAUCCAUCCUGCGGAACGUGUACUGGACCAUCUGAAACACAAUGCGUGACUUGCAAACCAGGAUUGCUACAUCAUGAAGGCGCAUGUUUGAGUUCUUGUCCAGCCAACUUUCGGGCCGACAAGAAACGACGCGAGUGUGUUCCAUGUCCAUCAGGAUGUACCAGCUGCGAAUCGUCUGGCAUGUGCACGGAUUGCGCAGAAGGCUGGGAUGCUGAUAAAAAGGGAAAAUGUUGGCCGAAUGGAGCUGAAAAAUGUGAACAGGGUGAAUAUUACGCCGAUGGUAACUGCCAUCCAUGUCACUCGACGUGUGAAAGCUGUUUUGGACCUUCCAAGUCUGAUUGUCUGAGCUGCGAACAAUCUCUCAGGUUGCAAAAUUCAAACUGUGUGGGUGAAUGUACAGAUGGUCAUUUUCCCGAAGGUGGCGGAUGUUCACCCUGCCUGCACACCUGCACGCAAUGCGUUUCUAGACAAAAUUGUACAGCAUGUGCUCCUGGCCUACAGCUGCAAACAGGCGAAUGUCGAGCCACGUGCGCCGAUGGAUACUACAACGAUCGUGGAGGAUGCUCCCGUUGUUACAUCAGUUGCCAAACCUGCAGCGGACCACGAAGAGACCAGUGCGUACGAUGUCCCACAGGAUGGCAAAUAGCAGCUGGAGAAUGCAGACCAGAAUGUCCUGCCGGGUUCUACCGGGGCGCAUACAACUGCCAGAGAUGUCAUCAUAGCUGUCGCAAUUGUAAAGAUGAAGGGCCUUUAUCUUGUACAAGUUGUCCUCCAGGGCAUAUGCUUGAUGGUGGGCUUUGCAUGGAAUGUUUAGGCUCUCAAUAUUAUGAUCCCCCAACACAGCUCUGUAAAACUUGUGAUUCAAGUUGUCGCACAUGCAAUGGUCCUGGAAAAUUUAGUUGUGUAUCAUGUACAUCUCCUCUUCACUUAGACAAGUUGAAUAAUCAAUGUGUGCCAUGUUGUACAACAGAACAAGAGUCUACAACUUCAUCACAAGAUUCCACUGCACUUGUCGAUCAGACUUGUUGCCAUUGUGAUCCCAAUACAGGAAGUUGUAAAAAUUCUUCACCUGCUGGGAAAAGAAGAAUUGCUUUGGGUUUAAUAGAAACUGAACAAAUGAUUCAAAAAUCAAAAGAUAUUAACCAACAAUCGGUUUCAAGUUAUAUAUUGAAUGGUUUACCAUCAUUGACUGUUGCUGCAGUAAUUGUUAUGAUAUUAAUAUUUGUAACAAUAUUUGCAACUUUCCAGAGAAUGCAUACCAAUCGCGUUAGCUACAGCAAAUUACCAACUAUAAAUACAUCUUCCCACAUGAUAGAUGAAAUAUCAGAAUGUGAUAAACUAGAUGGAGAUUAUUUAGUCAGUGAUACUGAUGAAGUAGAUAUAUUUUCACAAGGAGAGCAUUUAUUAGGAGAAAAUAAUGAAUGUCGGACGUAGCCUACAAAACAUUGAAUUUGAACAAAAUGGUGAAUCUAUAGGAUGAAUUUUCUUUAAUGCAGUAAAUAUGUGAAUAUUU